UGUCGAUUGUGUUUAUGGAAGAAGAAGAAGAAGAGGAUAUUUAUGGCGAUUAUGAACAAACGACGCAACCACAAAACAAACAAGAAGAUUCACUGAGCGAUGAAGAAACAAAGCACGACGUUCUUGCCCAAGAAGUUGAAGGUGGUGAUAGUUCGAGCGAUGAAGAUGACGUGAAUAUAGUUUUGGAGCCUUCUUCUACAUAUUAUGGAGGAGAUACUUCUACUGGUGACUCGAAAGGACUGUUCGUUGGUGGAACAACGACGAGACAUUGGCAACGUCCAGGUUAUUCUUCUACAGCAGAGGGUGGUAUUGUAGGCUCUGGUGUGAGUGCUUAUAGUAGAGGAGGUGUCGAUUUAUCUCUAGUGCCUAAACCUCCAACAGACUUUCCUGGAGCCCACGUUGAUUAUAGCGUAUUUGAAAAUGAGAUUGACUCGUUAGAAGAGAAGCCUUGGCGUGAAAAGGGUGCAGAACUGAGUGACUAUUUCAACUAUGGCUUUACAGAAGAUACUUGGAGAGAAUAUUGUAGAAGACAACAAAUGAUGAGGCUUUAUUCUCAAAGUUUGAUGCCUAUUCGUACUCUAGACUCUGGUGGUCCUCUUCACAAUAUAGACUCUCCAAAUGAACCCAGUCGUAAAGUACCGCGUGGACAACAGAAUCGAAGAUUGACUCCUGCAUACUCAACUUUGAGGAAUAACUUUGAUUCUAAAUUCUAUUCCGAUGGAAAUGAGUCAUUCUCUUCUGAUUAUGUCCGUUACUCAAGGCCUGAACAAACGGAUGGAGACGAUGUUAUUUUGACUUUGACAAAACCAACCAGCGUUGAUGAGUCUUAGUAGUAGUUGUCUCGAGAUAUCCAAACAAAAUAGA